UUUAUGCAAGAUCUCUCUUUUCUUUUAUAGCUAUCUCCCAAUGUGUUGAUAUCUUUCUGGCAAGGAAGUAUCCAGCACUGGAGCUGGAAUAUAGGUCCUGUUUAAAGCCUUGGUAUCAUGUGAUUAUGUUACAGCAAAAAAAAGCAUCUGAUCAAGUAGCUCCUGAUUGAAAAGACAGGCUGUGACAGCCCGAUCUGAAUGCACCUUCAUUUCAAAAAUAACUUUCGGGUAUCUGCAAGUCAGCUGGAAUAAUGGCUGGGAGAAGUGGGGAAGGCAGCGCGGCUCCGAGCGGGGUCAGGGAGCUUCGUGUGGUUCCUAUCUCGGGCUGCUGAGUGGUGUUUUGCUUUGCACAUCUCAUCUGCCUUCAGCUUCCACCUCCCCACAGCUGGAUGAAUUUCUUUGCUCGAGGUCUCAUUGCCACAAGCUGUUUUUCAAAGCUGCUUUUUCUGGCCAGCCCUGCACAGCUUUGCCUGCUUGUCUCCUUCCUCUCCUGCUGCCAGCACGCUCAGGUUUUGGGGUUGGUCCCCACGAAGCUGCAGUGCUGGGGGGUGUUUGCCUAGUUUAGGGCAACCACAUUAACCCUGUUGGGGUCCAGCAGCUCCUGCCCAGCAGCUCAGUGCUCAGAGGGACCAGCACCUGCUCUUUACCACCUCUCAGCACAGGAUCUGGACCUCAAGUGGCACUGUGGGACCAGCCAUGACUGGAAGAGGUGUUCCAAGGAGGAGCUGCUGAAGCUGGUGGAAAACCUCGUGUCUCCAAGUACCCUCAAAGUACACAGGCUGAGCAGCCAAAGCACUCAUAGGUCCCCAAAGUGAAAGAAAAAUUCUGAGAUGCAGAAAGUCUUAUUUGCUGCCGCAAAUGGGAAUCUGGAAUAACUAUGAAAAACACACUGAAAUAAUUGUGUUUGACUGGAACAAAAUUCUUGCAAAGUCCCCAAGGAUGAGAUUCUGUGCCAAAUCAAUGCUUCUCUCUGAGUGGCUCUUUCUGGUCUAUGUGUUAAUGGUCUGCUGUAAAUUGUUGUCCGCCUCUAGCCACCAUCCCCGGGGGCACACAGGCCAGCACCAGGUCAAGCAGGGGACAUGUGAGGUUGUGGCCGUGCACCGUUGCUGCAAUAAGAACCGGAUCGAGGAGCGAUCCCAGACAGUGAAGUGUUCCUGCUUCCCGGGGCAGGUGGCUGGGACAACACGGGCCCAGCCCUCGUGUGUGGAAGCUUCCAUUGUCCUACAGAAGUGGUGGUGUCAUAUGAACCCCUGUUUGGAUGGAGAGGACUGUAAAGUACUACCAGACUAUUCAGGUAACACGGUAGCAAAGACUAAACCUGUGGGUCACUACCAGAACUAUGGCACAUGGAGCUGUUCCUUGGCUGUUGCACAGAGACCCUUUUUGUCAUGAUGUUCCUGACUUUAUUCUUUGAACUUGAAAAAUGAGUCAGCAAAAAGGACAGUGCUUCUCCCUGCAACUGUGGCUGCAGUUCCUAAACCUGGAUUUUACUACAGAGUGGUACAUUAUAAUUUCACAAGAAGAAAAUAAAGGAUAUUUGGUUCUACCUGACAUGCAUCUUGAAUUCCCAAAGAUCUGAGACCUAACUGGAAUUAAUGGAAGCACACACCUGAACUUCUGUGGUGCAUCAAGGACACUUCUUAAUGACACUAAGAUAUGUAAAAUUGUUCCAAAUGAGUUUAGGUCAUGAAUGUAACCUAGGGGGGCAUAGAAAGAAAAUGCUGAUGUUAGAACUGGUACAGAUGAUCUUAAAGGUCUUUUCAACCUAAAUGAUUCUAUGGAUUUAUCUGAGGCAUUUCUCACAUGCAGUACAACAUAAAAAUACAAAUCUGAUCCCAAUGCUAAGUCAGUUGAUGGGACCAUGUUAAUAAAUUAUGUCAGUGUAUUUUCAACUGUAAUUUAGUAACUGUCAAGGUUGUAUGAAGGUGAAAAGAUGGAACUUGCAGAAUCAGUAGCAAUUAUUGUAGGGUAUACUUUGGUUAUAGCUGUGAAAUUAGAUUUAUUUCCUUAGAUAGUUCUAGGUAGUUUAACUUUUACAUUCAUAAGUGGUGGCAGGAAAGCAUGAGGAAGAGAUAAAAUUUGAAAGCAGGCAUAGUUUUUCUUGUCCUAAAAUAAAUCUGUUCUCUAGGGGAAUAGCAAAGUAUACAUAUUCCUUGCCUCUUUGAAUCUAGAUAUGGAAAAGAAUUUAGCCAUUAGCUAGAAAUAUUCAUUCAGAUGCCUCAAAAAAAAAAGGAAAGCAGGCUUGUGCUGCAUAAGGAAGGCUUACUGUAAGGGGAGUAAUUUGUUUGGAUUUUCAUAGAUUUGGUUAUAUCCUAAUAGGUAACAUGCUUAAAAUUCAUAAGUAAAACUCUAGAUAAAAGUGAAUCUUCAGUUUCAAUUAGUUCUUGUUUAGAAUGAUUAUAAUAACUAAAUGUCCAGUUCCUUGACAGACUGAAUUUCCAAGUGGUUACGUUUCAAGACAGAUAAUUGUUCCCUAUUAUUGUAGAUGCAUUUCAUGCUGUUUUCCUUAUUUGCCUGUUACAGUUUUUUGUCAUGAGUCUUCAUAAAUAGAACAGUGAGUAGAGGUGAAGCUGUAGCCAGUCUGUUCCCUGUGACAUCAUUUUGUGCAUUGCAACAGCCCAAAAUGCAGUGAUGCAGAUGGCUCUUGUGCAGAUGAACUGCUGGUGACCCAGCAACUGAAUUUGUUGUUAUGCUUUAUGUAAAUAUUAGGGUAACAAUACACAUCUAAUUUUUAUAUAGACAUAAAAGCAAAAAAAAAAAAAAGGUGUGUUGUACUAAUGUAGGUCAUUGUGCAUAAGUUUUCUGGUGUAUGGCAAAGGUCCCAUCAGCAGUGGGAAGCUGUUCAGGGUAAUAAUUGUUAACUUCUGAUUGCUGGAGUGAGUGGGAGCAUCCAACCAGUUAAUUCCACUGGAGUCAGUGGUGCGUCAGCCAGAUCUGGCCCUGUGUUUUUUGGUUUUGAUUUCUCUGGUUUAGUUCUCUUUCAAUUAUGUAUUUGAUUACAGCUGGGAUCAUAGUGGUCAUUGUACUCGGUGAUAAGCGAAAAAGAGAUUUUCUGCUCUGUGCUUGGACAGCUGAACAGUUUAUUGACUCUGCUUGCCCUGAUGAGCUCUACAUUCCUAAUAUUUUUCCAUUGUUUUGAUUUUCUGAUUAAAUUUUAAAGUUACCUUUACUA